GCUCCCGAGGGUGGGGAGUUGGUGCCGGCCGGGCGGGCGGGCCGCCAGCUGCCGGGCCCGUCGCCGGCCUCCCCGCCCCCCGGCUUCCUGCGGAGGCCGCGGCCGCCAUGUUGUUGUGGGGCUGAGGCGGCGCCGGCAAGAGCCGAGCGCCCUUGACAGGCUACGCAACAGGUUCGCGCUGGCGGCGGCCUGACGACCGGCCCGGGGGCGGCGGCAGAGCAGGGUCUCCGGCGGCCCGCCCGCGCGCGCGCGCGCGUUGCCGGUGCCGAGGAGCGCGGGGUCGCGCCGUGACGUGCGGGAGGCGCGGCGCCAGAUGGCUGAGAGCUAGCAAGGAGAAUCGGGGACCAUGAUGGCUCAGUUUCCUGCAGCCUUGAAUGGAGGGCCAAAUAUGUGGGCUAUCACCUCUGAAGAACGGACUAAACAUGACAAGCAGUUUGACAACCUGAAACCUUCAGGAGGAUACAUAACAGGUGAUCAAGCCCGCUCUUUUUUCCUACAGUCAGGUCUGCCAGCUCCUGUUUUAGCUGAAAUAUGGGCUUUAUCAGACCUGAACAAGGAUGGGAAGAUGGAUCAGCAGGAGUUCUCCAUAGCUAUGAAACUCAUCAAAUUGAAGCUUCAAGGCCAACAGUUGCCCAUGGUUCUCCCUCCUAUUAUGAAACAGCCUCCAAUGUUCUCUCCAUUAAUUUCUGCUCGUUUUGGGAUGGGAAGCAUGCCCAACCUGUCCAUUCCUCAGUCUUUGCCUGCAGUGGCACCCAUGGCAGCACCCUUGACGUCUGCGACUUCAGGGACCAGCCUUCCUCCCUUAAUGAUGCCUGCUCCCCUAGUGCCUUCUGUUAGCACCUCAUCAUUACCAAAUGGGACCCCUAGCCUCAUUCAGCCUUUGUCCAUUCCUUACUCAUCCUCAACAUUGCCUCACACAUCAUCUUACAGUCUGAUGAUGGGAGGAUUUGGUGGUGCUAGCAUACAGAAGGCCCAGUCGCUGAUUGAUUUAGGAUCUAGUAGUUCAACUUCCUCAACUGCAUCACUCUCAGGGAAUUCGCCCAAGAUGGGGCCCUCUGAGUGGGCAGUUCCUCAGCCUUCAAGAUUAAAAUAUCGGCAGAAAUUUAAUAGUCUUGAUAAAAGCAUGAGUGGAUACCUGUCAGGUUUUCAAGCCAGAAAUGCCCUUCUUCAGUCAAAUCUUUCUCAAACUCAGCUGGCUACUAUCUGGACUCUGGCGGACAUUGAUGGUGAUGGGCAGCUGAAAGCCGAGGAGUUCAUCCUUGCCAUGCACCUCACUGACAUGGCCAAAGCUGGACAGCCGUUGCCACUGACUCUACCGCCAGAGCUUGUCCCUCCGUGUUUCAGAGGUAUGAAACAAAUUGAUUCCAUUAAUGGAACUUUGCCUUCAUAUCAGAAAAUGCAUGAAGAGGAACCUCAAAAGAAAUUGCCAGUUACUUUUGAGGACAAGAGGAAAGCCAACUAUGAGCGGGGGAACAUGGAACUGGAGAAGCGACGGCAAGCGCUGAUGGAGCAGCAGCAGAGGGAGGCGGAACGGAAAGCCCAGAAAGAAAAGGAAGAGUGGGAGCGAAAACAGAGAGAAUUACAGGAACAAGAGUGGAAAAAACAGCUUGAAUUAGAAAAACGCUUGGAGAAACAGAGGGAACUGGAGAGACAACGGGAGGAAGAAAGGAGGAAAGAGAUAGAAAGGCGAGAGGCAGCAAAACAAGAGCUUGAACGACAACGCCGUUUAGAAUGGGAGCGAAUUCGUCGACAGGAACUUCUCAGUCAGAAGAAUAGAGAACAGGAAGAAAUUGUCAGGCUCAGCUCUAAGAAGAAGAGUCUUCAUCUUGAGUUGGAAGCACUGAAUGGCAAACAUCAACAGAUCUCAGGCAGACUUCAAGAUGUCAGACUCAGAAAGCAGACUCAGAAGACCGAACUGGAAGUUCUGGAUAAGCAAUGUGACUUGGAAAUUAUGGAAAUCAAACAACUCCAACAAGAAUUUCAGGAAUAUCAAAAUAAACUUACCUAUCUGGUACCUGAGAAGCAGUUAUUAAAUGAAAGAAUUAAAAAUAUGCAGCUCAAUAACACACCUGAUUCAGGGAUCAGUUUACUUCAGAAAAAAUCAUUAGAAAAGGAAGAAUUAUGCCAAAGACUUAAAGAACAAUUAGACGCUCUUGAAAAAGAAACUGCAUCUAAGCUAUCAGAAAUGGAUUCAUUUAACAAUCAACUAAAGUGUGGGAGUUUGGAUGACUCUGUUCUUCAGUGCCUUUUGUCUCUGCUAAGCUGUCUCAACAACCUCUUCCUCUUACUUAAGGAACUGAGAGAAAGCUAUCAUACACAACGGUUAGCCCUUGAACAGCUUCAUAAGAUCAAACAUGAUAAGUUGAAGGAAAUUGAAAGAAAAAGAGCAGAGCUAAUACAGAAAAAGAAACUAGAAGAUGAGGCUACAAGGAAAGCAAAGCAAGGAAAAGAAAACUUAUGGAAAGAAAGUCUUAGAAAGGAGGAAGAAGAAAAACAGAAGCGACUCCAGGAAGAAAAAACACAAGAAAAAGUUCAAGAAGUAGAACGGAAAGCUGAGGGCAAAAAAGGUGAAACACCUAAUGCUUUGGUGAAUUAUAGAGCAUUAUAUCCCUUUGAAGCGAGGAACCAUGAUGAGAUGAGUUUUAAUUCUGGGGAUAUAAUUCAGGUUGAUGAAAAAACCACUGGAGAACCUGGUUGGCUUUAUGGUAGUUUUCAAGGAAAUUUUGGUUGGUUUCCAUGUAAUUAUGUAGAAAAAAUACCAUCAAAUGAAAAAACUGGAUCUCCUAAAAAGGCCUUACUUCCUCCUACAGUAUCAUUAGCUGCUACCUCAACUUCUGAACCACUUUCUUCAAAUCAACCAGCAUCAGUGGCUGAUUAUCAAAAUGUAUCUUUUUCAAACCUAAAUGUCAACAUGUCAUGGCAGAAAAAAUCGGCUUUUACUCGCACUGUGUCCCCUGGAUCUGUGUCACCCAUCCAUGGACAGGGACAGGUUGUAGAAAACCUAAAAGCACAGGCCCUUUGUUCAUGGACUGCAAAGAAAGACAACCACUUAAACUUCUCAAAACAUGACAUUAUUACUGUCUUGGAGCAGCAAGAAAAUUGGUGGUUUGGAGAGGUACACGGAGGAAGAGGAUGGUUCCCAAAAUCUUAUGUCAAAAUCCUUCCUGGGAGUGAAGUGAAGCCGGAAGAACCGGAAGCUGUGUAUGCAGCUGUUAACAAGAAACCUCCCUCUGCAGCCUACCCAGUCGGAGAAGAAUAUAUUGCACUUUAUCCAUACUCAAGUGUAGAACCUGGAGAUUUGACUUUCACUGAAGGUGAAGAAAUUAUGGUCACCCAGAAAGAUGGAGAGUGGUGGACAGGAAGUAUUGGAGAUCGAACUGGAAUUUUUCCAUCAAACUACGUCAGACAAAAAGAUCAAGAGGGUUUUGGGAGUGCUACCAAGUCUGGAACAUCAAACAAAAAACCUGAGAUUGCUCAAGUAACGUCAGCAUAUGUUGCUUCCGGCUCUGAACAGCUUAGCCUUGCACCAGGGCAGCUGAUACUAAUUCUAAAGAAAAAUGCAAGUGGGUGGUGGCAAGGGGAAUUACAGGCCAGAGGGAAAAAGCGACAGAAGGGAUGGUUUCCUGCCAGCCAUGUUAAACUUCUGGGACUAAGCAGUGAAAGAACCACGCCUGCCUUUCAUGCUGUGUGCCAGGUGAUUGCCAUGUAUGACUAUGUCGCAAACAAUGAAGAUGAACUCAAUUUCUCCAAGGGACAACUUAUCAAUGUAAUGAACAAAGAUGAUCCCGACUGGUGGCAAGGGGAAAUCAGUGGGGUGACCGGUCUCUUUCCUUCCAACUACGUCAAGAUGACAACAGACUCAGAUCCAAGUCAACAGUGGUGUGCUGACCUCCAGACCCUGGACACAAUGCAGCCGACGGAGAGGAAAAGACAGGGCUAUAUCCAUGAGCUGAUCCAGACGGAGGAGCGGUACAUGGACGACCUUCAGCUUGUCGUGGAGGUUUUCCAGAAACGGAUGGUGGAGUCCAACCUUCUCACAGAAGGAGAAAUGACCUUGAUCUUUGUCAACUGGAAGGAGCUCAUCAUGUCCAACACAAAACUGCUCAAGGCCCUGCGGGUGCGCAAGAAGACGGGUGGCGAGAAGAUGCCCGUGCAGAUGAUUGGGGACAUCCUGGCGGCCGAGCUGGCCCACAUGCAGGCCUACAUCCGCUUCUGCAGCUGCCAGCUCAACGGAGCGGCCUUGUUGCAGCAGAAGACAGACGAGGACGCAGACUUCAAAGAGUUUCUAAAGAAGCUGGCAUCUGAUCCCCGCUGUAAAGGGAUGCCCCUCUCCAGCUUCCUGCUGAAGCCCAUGCAGAGAAUCACCCGCUACCCGCUGCUCAUCAGAAGUAUCCUGGAGAAUACCCCCGAGAACCACGUGGACCACUCCUCCCUGAAGCUGGCCCUCGAACGAGCUGAGGAGCUUUGCUCCCAAGUCAACGAGGGAGUCCGGGAGAAGGAGAAUUCAGACCGACUGGAGUGGAUCCAGGUGCAUGUGCAGUGCGAGGGUCUUGCGGAGCAACUGAUUUUCAACUCCCUCACCAACUGCCUGGGACCCCGGAAGCUCCUGCACAGUGGGAAGUUGUACAAGACCAAGAGCAACAAGGAGCUCCACGGAUUCCUCUUCAACGACUUCUUGCUCCUGACCUACAUGGUCAAGCAGUUUGCUGUCUCCUCCAGCUCUGAGAAGCUCUUCAGCUCCAAGUCCAACGCCCAAUUCAAAAUGUAUAAGACGCCCAUCUUCCUGAAUGAAGUCCUAGUGAAGCUGCCCACCGACCCCUCCAGCGAUGAACCUGUCUUCCACAUCUCCCACAUCGAUCGUGUCUACACCCUCCGCACAGACAACAUUAACGAGAGGACCGCAUGGGUGCAGAAGAUCAAAGCAGCGUCUGAGCAGUACAUCGACACGGAGAAGAAAAAGCGAGAGAAGGCUUACCAAGCCCGCUCUCAAAAGGCUUCAGGCAUUGGGCGGCUGAUGGUGCACGUUAUCGAAGCCACAGAGUUGAAAGCCUGUAAACCAAAUGGAAAGAGCAACCCCUACUGUGAAGUCAGCAUGGGCUCUCAGAGCUAUACCACCAGAACCCUCCAGGACACCCUGAAUCCCAAGUGGAAUUUCAACUGCCAGUUCUUCAUCAAGGACCUUUACCAAGACGUGCUAUGUCUCACCAUGUUCGACCGAGACCAGUUUUCCCCAGAUGAUUUCCUGGGUCGUACUGAAAUUGCAGUGGCAAAAAUCCGAACAGAACAGGAUGGCAAGGGCCCCACGACCCGCCGGCUGCUGCUGCAUGAGGUUCCCACCGGAGAAGUCUGGGUCCGCCUCGACCUGCAGCUUUUUGAGCAAAAGCCUCUCCUGUAGAGGACGCGGAUCUGCCCACAGCACUGGGCCUGCAGCUGGAGGAGCAUCCUGCGGCUUCCCUUGUUCAUCGAACUCCAUGCCCCUGGGGCCUCAAUUUUACUGCACACUAAAUCGCUAGCAAUCUAUGCAACCACGAGCCUUCCUAUCAAUAAAGCAACCCCCGUAGCACAGUGCCUUGGAUUAGUGUUCCCGUGUUCAGCUGUGUUUAGAUGCCAGGGUUUCCAUGUUCAGGGCUGUAAACAAGUAUCAUGUGGAAACAAGGCAUCGGACCGCCAGACGCUGGUUGAACAUGUCCACUCUGGAGUGGCUUGGUGAAGCUGGAACCAUUCCACAUCCAGGGACCUCCGUGGACACAGCCACUCAGGACGUUAGAGAGGUGGGAUAAAACGCCAUGGCCCCCUUGCUUGCGGAGCCCAUUCAGAAAUCGCAUCUACUCGUGCACUGAAUAAAAGCCGAAACUUGACCGUUUUAUCCUGGUCAGGUUUUACCAUCCUCUGCUAAGACAAUACAGUUUGAAAUAUAAGAGAGAAGCUUGAUUUCCUUUAAAUACUGUGAACUCUAAUAAUGUGGAAAAUAUUUUUCAACUUUAAUUUUCUGAAGUAUAAAUUAUUUAUGUAAAUUUCUGUUUUGCAUAUUUCAUAGGCCAUGCAUCCUUAAGCUUGAUCAUUGCCAAUAUGUACAGAAAGAGAAUAAAAGUUUAUGAAUGUCACAAA